AUUUUCCAUUGAAAGGGAGGGCAAAUUUUUGUCUAUAUUUAGUUCACCGUGUACCCAAAAUACAAAUAUGUGAGUCAAGAUAUAAACAUGCAAGUCAAGGGAUGGUUGGAUAUAUAAUACAUACAGGCCUACCAAAUUGUCUGAUGUCCAUGAAAAGCCGCAAGUGAGACUGCUAGGUUCUGACCAUGUCAAACUCAAAAUAAUUAUGUAAUCCAUGUCUUAUCCUGAUAAUAUAAAUCCUCCUCCUCCACACACACACACACACACACACACACACACAGAGAGAGAGAGAGAGAGAAAGAGGAAGACAGAUAAACAGGGGAAAGGAGAGAGAUGGAAGGAGAUAAAGGCACAGUAUGUGUUACAGGUGGCACUGGAUAUGUAGCAUCAUGGUUGAUCAUGAGGCUUCUUGAUUAUGGUUACUCUGUUCACACCACCAUUAGAUCCCACCCAGAUCAGAAGAGAGAUGUAUCCUUCCUAACAAGUCUACCAGGAGCGACCAAUAAGCUUCGAAUCUUCCAUGCAGAUCUUAGCGAUCCGGAUAGUUUUGAUGUUGCUAUUGAAGGAUGUAUUGGAGUCUUUCAUGUUGCUAACCCAAUGCCUACUCAUUUCGACAGCGGAGAAUCUGAGGAAGUUGUUAUCAGUAAGGCAAUUGAUGGAACAUUAGGAAUCUUAAGAGUGUGUUUGAACUCAAAGACAGUGAAGCGAGUAGUAUAUACUUCUAGUGCAUCUGCAGUUGAUUUUAAUAACAAGACUGCACAAGUAAUGGAUGAAAGUUUUUGGAGUGAUGUUGAUUACAUUAAAGCCUUGAAUUCCUUUGCAAGUUCUUACUGGGUUUCCAAGUUGUUGGCUGAGAAGAGAGCUCUCGAAUUCGCCGAAGAACAUGGAUUAGACCUUGUGACAGUAAUCCCUUCUUUCGUUGUCGGUCCCUUCAUAUGUCCGAAUCUCCCCGGCUCACUGGAGGCAGCAUUAGCUAUGGUUCUGGGUAAGCCGGAUCUGUAUAAUCUUCUUGUCAAUACAAAUAUGGUGCACGUUGAUGAUCUAGUAAGAGCACAUAUCUUCCUUCUUGAAUAUCCCAAUGCACAAGGGAGAUACAUGUGUUCUUCAGAUGUUAUAACUAUUGAAGAGAUGUCUGAAUUUCUUUCUACCAACUACCCAGAGCUCUCAAUACCAACGGUGGAGUCGUUGAAGGAAGUUAAAGGACGCAAAUGCCCUGUCCUGUCGUCCAAGAAACUGACAGAUUCUGGUUUCGAAUUUAGGUAUGGGGUUAAAGAAAUGUUUGAUGGAGCAAUACAAUGCUGCAAAGAGAAGGGCUAUCUCUAGGUUUAUAACAUCACUGUCGUUGCUCAGGCUGCUAGAUCCAGCUGCGUUAUCUUUCUAUGUUUACCACUAGAACUAUGAGCGUUAGCUUGCUCAAUUAUCUUAUUUAUGCUUUGGAUUUUACCAUUCGAGUCA